GACGAUCAGUUUUCGCCAGAACUUGCUCGGUACAACAUCGCUCGCUGCGCAUCUUCAGUGCAGCAUUCCCAACGUGGCUCAAAACCAGCUGAAAACAGUUUAAUCGGAGUUGAUUAGAACCACCACCACGCGAGUUUUGCGGUUAAGCCGGAUUACAGAAGCCACGAUCAGCUCGCGUUGAGUUGAGAAUGACGUUUUGUCAUUCAAGAUCAACGAUCAACGACUACGACGACGACUUUCGAGCUGUUCAACAACGGUUCUACUGAGCUCUCUGGUGAUAAGAAAGUUGCUCAGUCGUUGAGUUUCAGCAGGAAUCUGUGUGUUUGUAUGUGUGUGUUUGAUUUUAUUUACUACGAAUCCUAGAACCAACAAUAAUAACUUUGUUCAAUUCGUCAACCAUGAGUCUACGAUCGACGACGUUGAUCCUGGCAGCAAGUCUUGUUCUCGUGACGGCUGUUCCGUUCGAGCGGAUCCACAAGUAUGAAGGUCAAGAUUGUCCAUUAAAAGCUGGCGGCACUGGUGUCUGUCGCAAAACCAUCGAAUGCGUCAACGGACACACCAUUCUGAAACAGGAACGACACUGUGAAUUUGAGGGGAAAACUCCUGUCGUUUGCUGUCCCAAAGCAGAGUAUACCGUUCAAGCUAGUAGAGUAGCGGCGGACAAAUGCGGCAAGGUGCCCCCACAUAAUGGCCCAAAGCUAACCGACCACGUGGUCGGCAAGACAUUCAAGGCCGGCGUAGGAGAUUUUCCCUUUAUUGGAAUACUCGUGUACGACGAGGAGAAUUUGCGCUGUGCUGGAUCGCUAAUCUCGAGCAAAUUUCUGCUCACGGCAGCGCAUUGUUUCAAAUCGAAACCGACCGCAGUUCGGAUGGGUACCAUUUCCGCGACGGAUGCCUUGGCAGAUUCGUACCCGGUGGCGAACACUUUUCGCCAUCCAGAUCACAACAGGAAGACGAAGCAAAACGACAUCGGGCUGGUUGAGCUCCGCACUGAAGUUCAGAUGAGCGCAAAUGUGGAACCAAUUUGUUUGCACGCGGAACUGGCGGAUUUACCUGCAUCCGCAAACCUCACCAUCCUUGGAUGGGGGAUCACCAAUCUAAACCGCCAGGAGACCUCCGACGACCUACUCACGGGGUUGGUUCACCCAGUGCCGCGAAGCUCGUGCCAAUCCAUGUACAAUGAUUGGAACCUAAAGAUUACCGAAAGGCAGCUGUGUGCCAUCGGAGAGCAGGACUCCAAGGGGGAAUAUACCGAUGCCUGCAGUGGAGACUCGGGAGGUCCGCUGGUGAUGCGAAAGGACAAAAAGUAUUUCCUUGUUGGGGUGGUGUCCACUGGUUCGGGUUGUGGGUCCGGUGUGCCCGGACUGUACACCCGCGUGGCCAAUUACCUGCAGUGGACUAGCGAGAGAGUUUGGAGUGCGUAAAGUAGAUUCCGCAAAUAAAUUAUACUCACUUAUAUAAAA